UUGUUUUGAUGCCAUCGUCGUUGCGGCUCAAAAGUUGGCGUUAGAUGCGAACGGAUCAGUUAUGUUUUUAAAAGCAAGUUUUUAUGCAUUCGCUGCGGCCGAUCAUAUACUACAAAGCGUAAUCUCUCCAGUCACCAACGAUUUGAGUGUGGAGUUGUUCGCCAAUUUAUUUGCAUGGUAUGUGAAAGGGGGUUUAAACGCAAACACCAUCUCGCUUAUCAUGUCAAGAUAUGCCGCAAAGCUCAACAAGGCAAGUUUUUAUGCAUUCGCUGCGGCCGAUCAUAUACUACAAAGCGUAAUCUCUCCAGUCACCAACGAUUUGAGUGUGGAGUUGUUCGCCAAUUUAUUUGCGUGGUAUGUGAAAGGGGGUUUAAACGCAAACACCAUCUCGCUUAUCAUGUCAAGAUAUGCCGCAAAGCUCAACAAGGCAAGUUUUUAUGCAUUCGCUGCGGCCGAUCAUAUACUUCAAAGCAUAGUCUCUCCAGUCACCAACGAUUUGAGUGUGGAGUUGUUCGCCAAUUUAUUUGCAUGGUAUGUGAAAGGAGGUUUAAACGCAAAGCGCAUCUCUCUCAUCAUGUCAAGAGGUGUUACAAAGCUCAACAAGGCAAUUUUUUGUGCACUCGCUGUGGCCGCUCAUAUACUGCAAAGCAUAAUCUAUCCAGGCAUCAGCGGUUUGAGUGUGGCGUUGUUCGUCAGUUCAUUUGUGUUCUAUGUGGAAACACAUUUAAGCACAGCCAUCAUCUCUCUCAACACAUAAAGUGUUAUCAUAAACUGAUCAAGAGCUAACUGCCAGAAGCUAUAAAAUACUCAGUUAAAGUGUAAUGUGGUUUUAUACAAAGGGACUUGUUCCAUCUGUCAUAGCUCAUCAAAGCUAGUUAUCUAAUUGCUAAACAAAUUAAAAUUUACUAAAUUUAUUUAUUUAGUGAAUGCUGUUAUAACAAUAGUAAGUGUCUUAUUAUUUUUCUUUGUUUUUCUGUUAGGUGCAUUACCAUGCUUGUAUGUUCUGAUAGGGGAUUAAUGCCUCAGUCAGCAGUUCUCCAGCCGUACAGUCAUUAUCUAUUUUAAUAGCUUUAUUUUUACACUAUCUGUAUUGAUAAUUUAUGAACUCUUGUUUA